CUGAUAGGUGGCACUGAUUGGCAGUACUGAUAAGGUGGCACUGACUGGCACUGAUGGGUGACAUUGAAAGGCAGCUCAGGUGGGCACUGAUAUGUGGCAUUGAUGUGCACUGGUAUGCACUGAUAUGUGGCAUUGAUGUGGCACUGAUGGGCACUGGCACGUGGCACUGAUGAGCACUGACAUGUGGCACUUCUGGGGCCACACUGAUCAUCAGGGCACACUGAUCAUCAGUGCCCUGAUGAUCACUGUCAGCGUGACAGCUCGAGAGGAGAGAAAUGCCAAUAACCGGCAU